CUCUUUUAUAUCACAAAAGAAAAUAAAAGUAUAAAAAAAAAAAUACGGAGUAAAAGAAAAAGAAAAAUUGGCGGGAGAGAUCGGGAUAUGGCGAACAAGCUAAUCAGUGAAAUGGGUCUGCUGCCCAAAUCCAUUACCAACAUUUUUGCUGCUCGAAAUAUCAUCACGGCAAAGGAUGCAUUAUCGUUGACAGAGUUCGAGUUAAUGGAAUUGUUGGAUGUGGGUUUAGCAGAGGUAACAUUUGCAAUAGCUCUCAUUAGUGAGGUUGCUUCUCCACCCUAUCAAACGGUGCAAUCCCUGCUGGAGCAACGCAUGCAGAAUGAACAUCUCACAGGUCAUCUUCCAACACAUUUAAAGGGUCUUGAUGCAGCUUUAUCUGGUGGGCUACCAUUUGGUGCUUUGACAGAGUUGGUUGGACCUGCAGGAAUUGGAAAGACCCAGUUCUGCUUGAAGAUUGCUCUUUUGACUGCACUGCCGUCUUGUUAUGGAGGCUUGGAUGGUCAUGUAAUAUAUAUUGAUGUAGAAUCCAAAUUUAAUUCGAGAAGGUUAAUCGAAAUUGGUCUUAAUAGUUUCCCAGAAAUAUUUUGCUUGGAGGGCAUAACAAAAGAGAUGGCAGGUAGGAUCACAGUUUUAAGACCUGGUUCUCUUGCUGAGUUCACUGAGAGCUUGCAAAAAAUCAAAGUUUCACUCCUCCAGCAUCAAGUGAAGUUGCUAAUCAUCGAUAGCAUGGCUGCCCUUGUUUCUGGGGAAUACGAGCUAGGACCUCAAAGGCAACAUCCAUUGGGUUGGCAUAUAUCAUUUUUAAAGUCCCUUGCUGAAUUUUCACGAAUACCUGUGGUGAUGACAAACCAAGUUAGAUCUCGAAUCACUAAUCAAAUCUCUCAGUAUUCUUUCCAAGAUAAUAGGGCGGCUACCGUGGACAGUACCGGAAAUAUUGAUUCUCAUCUUGUUGCUGCUUUGGGAAUACACUGGGCUCAUGCUGUUACCAUUCGUCUUGUUCUUGAAUCUAGAUCAGGCCGGCGAUUUAUAAAGGUGGCAAAAUCUCCAAUGUCGCCAUCACUGUCAUUCCCUUUUGAAGUUACUUCACAAGGAAUAGUAUUGCUUGAUGACGUUGGAGUAGAAAUGAUAGGACCACAAAUUAACGCAAUUGAUCACCAAGGUCACAGUGACAUAAUUUUAUCAUAGAGACAUAAGGCGAAGAACAUAAAGCAACACAUGCUCAACUAAGUUGUAUUCUGCCUGACUUUCUGUAAAAUGUUUGAACCGGAUGUACUUGUGUCUUCUUAUAUGUUUGAUUUCAGACCUGAGAGGUUUUGCUGUUGUUCGUAGUAAAUGGUAGUAAAGUGUUAACCAAGAUUUAGAUUAGUGUGAAGCUGUCAAUUCUAAAUGUUGUUACAAAAUUAUAGAUGUCAUUUAAUCAGUACUCAACAUGAUUGUUGGGAGUACGGAGUACAAGUCCAGUUUCAUUAUAAACUGGCUAACAUUUGUAAACAUUUCGGUGCCCUCCCUCACCUGAUUGUAAUCUUUGAUUCUAAUCAGUUGCCUGGUAUUUAUUACAAGGACCUUUAGCCAUAUAUUUUUUAAAA